AGCCAAAACUUGCCGUGGUAAGAGGGAGUGAGAGGAUGUUCUCUUCUCCAGCAGCAGCAGCAGCUGCAAUACAGACAACUUCGCCUUUCCAGAUGUCGUUGAGGCCGUUGGUGGGUAAGCCUUUGGUAGAUGGUGGUAGACUACAUUUCUCACUUCGCCAUGAAAUUGGGUUUCAGUUACCCAAGUUUAAUACGGCAAAGUUUCAGUCUCAGAGGAGCAGAAAUAAUGGCCUUUUCCUAUUCUGUUGCUCUAAUUCGGAUAAUUCAACUGCUAAUGAUACUGCCUCGACAGCGACAGCAGUAGUUCCUCAACCACCUCCAGUUAUAAAGCAGAGGAAGAGAUACAGGAAGCUUUAUCCAGGAGAAAACGAGGGCAUCGUCGAAGAGAUGAGGUUUGUUGCCAUGAGACUCCGCAACAACAAAGGUAAGCCUAUCUCUACUGUAGGAGAUGAAGAAGAAAUGAAAGAAGAGGAAUCGUCAUCAUCGCCAGAUGGUGUUGUGGAAGAGACGUGGCAACCCAGCAUGGAAGGCUUCCUCAAGUACCUGGUCGACAGCAAGCUUGUCUUCGAUACCCUUGACAGCAUCGUCGAAGCAUCCGAUGAUGUCGCUUAUGCUUACUUUCGAAAAACUGGAUUAGAGCGAUCUGAAUGUCUUUCCAAAGAUCUAGAGUGGUUUGCUCAACAGGAUAUUGCGAUUCCAGAACCUGGUCCUCCUGGAGUUUCUUAUGCUGAAUAUUUGAGGGAACUUGCAGAAAAGAGUGCUCCGCUGUUUCUCUGCCAUUUUUAUAAUGUAUAUUUUGCCCACAUUGCCGGUGGUCAAGUGAUUGCAAAACAGGUUUCAGAGAAGCUCCUCGAAGGAAGGCAGCUGGAGUUUUACAAAUGGGAUGGGGAUGUGCAGGAGACGUUGAAAGAUGUAAGAGAGAAGCUCAACAGGCUUGGGGAGGCAGCAUUGGACGCGAGAUGAGAAAAACAGAUGCUUGAGAGAAGCAAAGAAGUCGUUCACGUUCUUAGGGCAGAUCAUCCGCUUGAUAAUUUUAGUAGUCUAACAUGGUUUCACUCAGUGGAUCUGAAAAUGCUCUCCAAUUACAUGGCAUCGGCUGGUUCUACCUUGAAGAACUUAUACCAUCUGGAAACUUAUUAAUUAAGCAAAAUGGAAUUGCUUUAUUUGACUUGACCAAUGGUUCAUGUAUCAGACUUGUUGGAUUUAUGUAACAGAAGUGGGCUGGCUGUCAAUGGAAAUAUCCGGUUCAAUGAAGGUGUGGAGGAUGAUACCAUCAUCAUCAAUCAUCAAAUAUCCCUGGAAACAGAAAUACCAACAUUAUUAUUUUCCUUUGUGUGUUUUUUCUUGACUAGAACCAAGUACUAAUCUAACAAAUGAUAUGCUCUGAUUCCUCUCCUGAACCUUGUAAAAUCUUUUGAAUAUCAGAAUUCAGGACCCACCGGUAGAUGGGUUCCAGC